AUCCUCUUUCUGCUCCUGCCAUUCUCGCCUCUACCUCUCUGAUUGUGAGAACUCGCGUGAUUUCCCUCGAUUAAUGAGUCCAUCUUUCCAGUGGGUAGCGGCGGAUAGGGGAGAUCUCUCUACUUGCCUACUCCUUUAUCUCAAUAUCAAUUUUUUUGGCACAUAAAAAUCCAUCUGUUUGUGUACAAGAUUAAAUCUCUCUACUUGGAUGUUCAUUUUUGAGUAAGUUGACUGAUUUAUAUGCGCGCAAGAUUGGAUCUUUAGGGAUCGAGCCGUAGCUCGAGCGGUCUGUGCUCCAGGUGGUGGAGCGGCCGGUCGUGGGUUCGAGCCUUGCUCGACCCACGAUUCCCAUUGGGUGCUGAGGCGUGCGUGAGGGUGUGUCCGCGUGUGUGGUGUGAGGGCCUCGGUAUGCUGCGUUCCGAGACUAUUCGGGCAGCCUUGUCUACGUUGAGUCCAUUGAGUGUGGGCGCCUAACCCCUUACAUGACGGGCCAGUGCUUCUGGCAAAUUUAAAAAAAAUGAUUGGAUCUUUACAUGGAUUCUUUUUACUAUUCAAACUUUUUUUUAAUCCGUGCACAAGAUUGGGUCUGUACAGCAUAUGCAUAAGCAUCAAAGGCAAAUUUAAAAAAAAUGAUUGGAUCUUUACAUGGAUUCUUUUUACUAUUCAAACUUUUUUUAAUCCGUGCACAAGAUUGGGUCUGUACAGCAUAUGCAUAAGCAUCAAAGGCACAACAACCAAAGCCUGUGUUCUGUGCACAACAUAAAUCCUUGUCUUGUAGUAGUAGCGAGUCAAACUCAUGUCUCUAUGGCUGCACAAGGUUUACUCUAUAUGAGUCGGUGUUACGUAACAACUAGAUCAAUUUCUUGACACACAAAAUUUAACUGGUAAAUUUCUGUUUCGGACCAAGAGGCAAGAGGCACAAACCAACCCAGACUCCUAUGCACAAAACGCUGAUGCUUUUAGCUAGUAAAAUCAUGUCAUGUGCACAAUAUUUACGCUAUGCAUAGAUGUCUAUACAACUAAAUCAAUUUUUUCUGUGCAUAAGAUUUACCCUAUUCAUGGAUGCAUGCCUUCUGGAAAGUUAUUUCAUUUCCCUGUUGCACAGAUUUACUCUGCACAUAGAGCACCGACCAAAUUAAACAAAUUCCAUCUCUUGAUCCAGCAAGCUAAAAGGAAAAAUGCAGGACCAAGAAUCACCAACCAGAGCCUCAGCUCGUUGUUUUCGUGCUACACCUGCCAAGAGGAAGAAGCCACAGAUGGUACAAACUACUCUAGACAUGUUCCGGAAGACUCCUGAGGAGGUUGUCCGUGAAAGGCACACCCCUGGUUUUGUUGAGCCUGAGCUGUCAGAAAAGAAAAAGAAGCAGCAUGCGAAGCUGACCAAGCUUUGGGCCAAGGUGUUUCAGGAGAAUGGCAUGCCACUCUCUGUCAUCAACAACGGGAGCUUCGAGCUCAUGAUUGACGCAAUUGCACAGUAUGGACCUGGAUUUGUACCUCCUAGCCAAGAGGAGUUGAGGGGGCCUCUCUUUGAGAAGCAGAUGAAGUGGAUGGCUGAACUGAGGGAGAAACAUGAGAAGGCCUGGGAGCGGCAUGGUUGCACGCUCAUGGUGGACUCCUAGACCGAUCAUGGGAGAAAUCUUCACUUGCUCAGUUUCAUGGUCGGUAGUGUGGAGGGGAUUUUCUUCUUGGGGUCUGCUGAUGCCUCAUUUCUUUAGAUCAUGAAGAUUUGGCAGACUUGAUAGAGCACAGGAUUGAGGGCAUUGGUAGGGAAAAAGUUGUUCAGGUUGUCACUGAUAACAGUCAUAAACUUAAGGAGGCAUGCAGGAUUCUAAUGGACAGAAUUCCUGCACUGUUUUGUACCCCCUGUGCAUUCCAGUGCUUGGACCUCAUGUUGAAGGACAUUGGGAGGUUGGAAGAGUUUAAGAAGUAUAUUCAACAGGCCAAACAUGUCACCACGUUUAUCUACAGGCAUUAGAGAUUUCUCUGUGCAAUGUGUGACAAGAUAGGUCGGGAGGAACUUGUGGCACCAGCAACCACUCGAUACUCCACAUACUCCACAUCGUUCCUAACUUUGGAGAGGAUGUGCAAGCAGAGAUGUAAUGAAGUGUCUGUUCAGUAGGACUGGAGUAGGUCUAAAUUGUCAAGCACAAAAACAGGGACAAAAGUGCGAGAAAUUGUGUUUUCACCCACAUUCUGGAAUGGAGUACAAGAUUGCAUGAAAACAUCAGUACCACUUCUUGCUGUGUUAAGGAUUGUCUAUGGUGGUGUGACUGUGUGAGGCCAGCAAUGCCAGAGGUUUUUGCAUGUCUGGAUCUUGCUAAGAAGAAAAUCAGUGACUCCUUUGCAAGCAGUCCUGGAAUACUGAAGAAAGUAAUGGAUAUUGUUCACCGGCGUUGGGCAGACCAAACGGGGCAAAAACUAUGUGAAGCUGCAUUGUUUCUGAAUCCAAACAAAUAUUUUGACAUUAAGGAAAAUGAUCAUGCAUAUGCCUCAAGACUUCAGGAGAUGUUCAAUGAUGUGAUUGAGAAAAUGAUCACCGAUGAUGAUGAUUUGAUUGCCAUGGUAAGCGACCUAGCUGAUCAAUAUGAGAACGCUAUGCUGCAGCGAAAGAGAAAGAGUCCAAGCAAAUGAAUUUGUGUGGAUUGAAGGUGGUACUGGACGCUUUCCUUUACGCUGCUCGUCUGAUGCAGAUGAUUGGUGGACUGCCUACGCUGGCUCAGCUGGAGACCUCCAAAAAUUCGCAUGGCGUAUCGCUGGUCUUUAUUGUUCUUCAUCUGGCUAUGAUCGCAAUUGGACUAUGUUUGAGUGUAUGAAUACCACAUAUAUAAAACAAUCAGAGCGGAAGAAAUUGGAGGAUCGUGCUUACAUCCAAUACAACCGGAUGAUGUCUGAUAGGUCCGAAAGGCAGCAUUCAGAAGGAAGCAACUUUGACCCUUUGAUCCUAGAAGACUGUGAGAUGGAUUAUGAUUGGGUUGGCAUGUAUGCUAAACUUUAUGACAGGGAUAAUCUUGCUUGGAAACUUGUUGAAGAAAUCAUCUCUGGAUCAUACACGCUCAAGGCCCACUAUCGUCUCAGAAGAUCCUUCUGUGACAUGAUGAUUUUUUUUUUUGAAGUAAUGACAUGAUGAAUUCUGAAGAUGGAGGUUCCAUGUCAAGGAUCGCAGAUGAGACAGAUUCAGACACUGAAGAAGACGAUGGGUCUUUUAUGGCUGAUGAUGAAGACAUCGAGGAUGAUUACGGCCAACAGGAUCCACCUACUUCUAGUGAUGAGAGUGAGGAACCACCUAGACGUAUGGCUGAUCCUUUUGACAUGGAUGAGUUUUUGAAGGACCUUUGAGACGGAUGGUGAUAGUUGGUACUGACAGAAUGUGAUGUAUGGUAUCUAAUUAGCUUUGAGAACUCUGGUGUUAUGGUACCAUGGUGCUUUUGGUGGAUGUUAGCGUUUUAUGUUUCCCUUGGGAACCUUGUUUAAUGGCAAAUCCUGUUAUGGUACUACCAUGUUAGUUAAUUUCCUUUGCUGCUCUGA